GUUGCUUGUGAGCUCAGUCUUGUGCUUUUAUGGACGCAUCAGACAACAUAUCUCUCUUGAGCGUGGUGCGGUCAUAUUGAGUGAGAUGAAAAGCAGCCUGAUGUAUUUGGAAUCGGCGACCAGUUUGACGUGCAUCGAUGAACCUGACGGCUGCAUUCUUAGUUCUCGGUUUCUUGCAGAAUUUUUAAGCACACUGUACGACUCUUCUCACUCUUGGUGGUACAUGCUGACGAUCGUGUACGUGUACAGUCGUUGGGGUCGGGGAGAAAUACAAGUGUACAUAAACGGGGCUUUGCAGUCUUCUGUGGAACUUUCAUGGUACAUUGGGUCAGAUCAUUGUCCCUCAUUUCGCGGUCGGCUGUCGUCGGUGAUGGGGUUCAGCGUGGCGUUGUCGCAAGAACAGGUGGAGUCAAUCUUCGCGCUUGGUGUAGAAUAUCAGGGUCUAUUUCAGUUUGAAAGCGAAUGUAUUCGAGACCUAUCAGAGCAACAUCGCAAGUUGAUCUAUGGUACUGGCAACCUACACAGCAGUCUUAUGUUUGCGUAUCUUCCUUCGGCUCGAGAACAAAACUUGUGUCUGAAUCGUGCACCUAAAUGUCCCGAAGUGUUCGCUCACAGCUCUCAUGCAGUCAUGCACGGAAAUGUGGAAGCUGUUUUGAAGACAACCGUCCAUUCAGCAUUUCACAGUCUUGGAGGAGUGGAAGCAUUGUAUCCUUUGUUCGAACUCAUUGACCUUCCACUGUCUCAUGAUUCGGAAAAGCCAUCUUCCCAUCAUCACAAUCGCUCCGAUGAAAAGAUUAUGAAUUCUGUAGCACCUUUAACCGUCGAAACUGAAGAUUCGUUUACGAUCGUCUUAUUUGAUCUUCUGUUCAACUUGGCUCGAGCUUCUCCAUCGAUGGGAUGCCAGCUGGUUCAGACCAAAGGACUACUGUUGUUUGCAGCUGCACUACAAUCUGCCUCGCCAGCUCACCUGAAUGGAACCUUGCUCACGCGCUUUAUAGACUUGGCCCGUGAACUAGUUCAUCGCGCUGACUGCCUUCGGUCUGGCACGCUCGAUUCGGCUCCGAUGAUGCACUCCUCGUUCGUUUUACUGUUGCUUCGACAUCUGCACGGCUAUUUAUUUUGCAACCCAAACGUGUGGAUUCGAGCACCGCUUGAAGUACAGGACCAACUGUAUCAAUUCUUGGCGACGGAGUUUCUGGCCGAUGUUGUUCGACAUGGGUGCGUGAAUAGAACGACUACCGUGUUCCAGUCUAUCUAUACUCUUAAGUACUAUUAUGCCCUUGCAGAUCCUCGCAAACGUAGUGGUUUCCAGUUGAAAACUCCAGACAACCUACCGCUUUCCAACACGGACGAGGUAUUGAAAUUACGUGCCAAUCUUCUUGUGUAUAUCAAACAACUGGUGGUUCGUCAUGGCUCCAUUCUGGAUACCGAACUACAAGCGCUGCUUAAUUACCUACUAAUUGUUCAUGAGGAUGAGAAUUUGCACGAUGUGCUGUAUCUGAUCACAACGUUAGCCAUAGAGCAACCCUCGCUGAUGGGACCUGCUUUCAUCCGGAAUGACGGACUGCAUGUGGUUUUCAAACUCCUGGCUUCCGACGACGAACACAUUCGGGUGUAUGCCAUCAAACUGCUCGGCUUCCAUACUCAACAGUGUAGACUAUUAAAACGCGAAGAUCCUAUGGAGCGGUACCGUCUGUUCACCAUGCUCGCCGAUCAGCUGAGUCAUUCCACACCGGCUAUGUCGAUGCUCACCUACAAUGUUUUAAUAGAGGUAUUGCUGGAUGACAUUACCACGAAACCUCAUUUAACCCCCAUGUCUCCGCUCCCAAAGGAGGCAACCAUCAAAAAUGCCAGUGUUUUACGCGUUAUUUCGACCUUGAUCCGCCGCUCUCCUGCCACUCCCGAACUGCAACUCAUUAAGCAAACAUUCCUACGACACCUGAUUGCUCUGUGUGGUGAAAACGCUACAAAUAGACGAACACUGUUACAGCUUUCUCUGUGGCAAGACUGUAUCUUCCAGCUUACUCCAUUCUAUCCGGCUUCGGAGGAUGAGGCAGUGAUAUUGGCUUGUGUUAUGAAAAUCCUACGUGUUCUUCUGUUCCACGCUAUCCGUUAUGAACGUGACGGAUGGCGUGUAUGGAUCGAUACAUUGGCUUUGCUUCACUUGUGGCUGGAAAAGACGAACAAACAGGUGGAUCUUGUAGACGAGCUUACAUCCACGGAGAAAACUUCUAAAAGAUUGGUUGGAACCGCAGCUUCCGAUGCAGCCUCGACUGAUGCUGGACUGGACUUAGCUAAUCCGACUGCUCGCCAAGUGAUUAAUCAGCUAGCUACAUCUGGUGCCUCCGAGGUUUCACAAUCAUCUUCUGUGUCAAACUCAUCUCCUCCAUCUCUGAAUGGUUCUUUGGCACAUGACGAUGGGGAACUGAAACGCCCCGAACAACAAUCGCGUACACUUGAUCUCCCACAAACCCCGAAUUCAUCGAAACCGCGAAAAUCUGUGACCGAGCGUUUUCUGGGUCCGUUCAGGUGGUCCCACUUGCAUCAGUUACUCUUGGAUGAUCUCCUGAGUUCGAUUGAAGAGGAAUUGGGCUUAGUUUCAUCAAAAAAUGUGCCAUAUCAAGAUGGUUAUUCAAUCAACCCAGUACGGUCCCCAAAGCACGGAUUCACGGGCGACGAUCAAUCCCCCUCGUCCUUUGCGGGUGAAUUCAUUGGAGUAUCUUUGGAUGCGACAGAUAGUGGCGCUCAACUGGAAAAUCGUGCGUUAACCGUUCUACACGACCCGCCGAAUAACUCGUUUGCUAUUAACCUUAUCAACGUUCUCGCUGAUUGUACUGAUGUUCUAGUGAGUGCCAGUGGUGGCCUUCUACCUCUGUUGGCUGCAGCCACUUCACCUACGGGUGAGGUUGGUGUUUUCGAGUCGGUCGAUAGUAUCUCCAUGAGUGACAGCAUGACGUUCAUCCUUCGAACAGCCUUCAUAGUUGAUCUAUGUCUUUUGCACACCGACUUGGGGAUUGUGGAAAAGCAGCGAAACAUGGCAUCUGGAUCUAUCGUGCGCCAAUUUGCAAGGCUUUAUCUCACUGCGACCGUUCGAAACUGUUUGGAAUCACGAUUUCUCCACCUGCAGCCGUCACAUCAAUUGGUCCUUCAACUUAAGUCUUUCACUUUUGACCGGGACACUACACGAUUUGUCUCGUUAACUGCCAAUGAUGCAGAACCAUUCUCACUGAAACAUGUCAAAACGCGUUCGGAAUCUCGCAGUUCGACUGGAUCCACUGAAACGGAUUCCACUGGCGAACAUACCAUCACUCACCGGUUCCAAUGUUCACAACUUCUUGCAAAUAUUCUCCAACCGGCAUUUGAAAUUGAGCUAGAAAGCAUGGCUGUUCGUCUACUUUGCUUGACACAGUUGGUGGAAACACAUGCCCUGCGAUCGAAUUCACGUCUUGGUUUCUGUGCUUUCCCCUGGCGGUCUAUCACCUCUCUGUCGACGCACCAACUUUAUCGACUUCACGAACUAAAACAGCAACAUGACGCGAAGAUUGUCCACAUGCCUAAGGAAAUUCAGCGUUUAGUGUAUUCGCUACGUCCUACACUGAAUUAUCCAGUGGUACUAGAUCAAUCUUUUCUCAAAGGUGUAAUUCAACCACUCCACGAACCUCAGAGUUUGCUACAACCACGUGAUCUGAAUCGUCUUCAGGGCAUCAUUUUCAAGAGUGAGGAAAUGAACAAAGUGCCAGAAUUCCUGGCCAUGGCGAUUGCGUACUUCGUGUCCGCCCUCAUGGUUGCCAAAUAUCGUGAUGUGUUGGAACCGAAUUUGGACGUCUUUGGCGCUGUUCCCUCUGACCGGUUUGCUUCCACACAGUCAUCCGAAAACUCUCGACACCCUUCAGCGCCAAAUGACGUGGCCUCUGUCCCUAACACGUACGAUGUCGAAACUAACAAUAAUCAGUCCAUCCCGGACACGACUACAACCGAAGUUGAUGAAUCGGAAGAUGAUGCUACUUACUCGACACAAAAGACAACGAGCGAUAAUAUAUCCCAAGAUACGACCAGCACUCACUCGAGCCGUGGGGAGGAUGUGUUGAUAUCCAAACUAAAUACGGUUCUCACUUCGGCUGCCGUCUUUCUUCGUGAUCUGUUGACAGAUUUUUUCAAUCACUUCUCGAAGCAGUUACUUGGAUCUCACGGUCAAACUCUGCUCACCACCGGAUUGUCGAGCAUACGAGAGGAUCAGUCGGCUGUCGGUCUCGUUAUGUUGCUGUGCUCACAGGAAUGGCAAACCUCAUUGCAAAAGAAUGCCGGAUUGGCCUUCAUUGAACUAAUUAACGAAGGGCGCGUGCUUAAUGCCGCUACGCGCGAGCAUUUACUACGCGUCAGUGAAGAGGCAGUCUUUCUGCUUUGUCGUCUUGCUACGACUGACACGAGAUAUCAUGCACAGUUUUGUGAGCUCGCCGCGCGUUGGUCUGCCCACAGUAAGGAGGAGAUGCGUCUGUGCGAUCAUCUGAUUAGUGCGGCUCGACGGCGAGACCAGUUGUCAGCGUUGUUUCUUAACAAUAAUGUCCACCGCUUGUUAAAUCAACUUCUCAGCAACUGGGCAUUCUUUGUGCAGUUGCCGACUGAGUUGGCUGUAGGAAUUCGAAAUAACCAAAGCCCAUAUAAACGAAGUCCAGUCACUAAAGAAUUUUAUCUUCUCGAUUGCUGGGAGGAUGACAGUCGCAGACGACGUCGCUUCUCACCCAACCCUUACGGAAGUAGUCAUGCUUCGGCAGUGCUCUAUGAUGUGCACCCUUCAAUCCAGCCAAAGGCCCAGCCUAAACCUCAACUGGAAGCAGUCUUAAAAUCUUCUCUCGCUCAUUCUGAUAUUCUGGAUCAGUCUACGGAAGAUAUAGAAGACAAUUCACAUGCGUCAUCCACCCCGGAUUCCUUGUCUGGACAAACAGAAACUCGAGGUUCGGAGCUAGAAGAUAUUUUCAGUCAGUAUGAAGAAAUCACCGAAUCCAUGGAUUUUGUCGUGUUUCCUGAAGAUACGAUUCUGUUCUCCGUGCCUUGCGUUAUGGUAUCUUUCGGAAUCAGUAUUCGUGGAACUUUGUCAGUCUCUAAGUCUGAUCUACGUUUCGAGCGUGAUCCGAGCAAUCCUCAUAAUCAGAAUUUGGAUAAAGACGUGCUUGUGUAUGUCGAGCCCGCUCGCACGAGAUGGUUGUUCUCCGAAAUCCAGGCCGUCUUUGGUCGUCGCUACUUACACCGUACGAUAGCGAUUGAACUAUUUGUAACCUGUCGAAACUCCGUGUUUCUGGCGUUCGAAGAUGCUGAUACCUUGAAGCGUGUUGUUAACGUGCUUCCUCCCGUUGGUGUUGGAUCCAAGUACGGACUGCCGCGUGCUCGGACUGUCAGUCUAGACAGCCCGCGACGUCUUUUUCAACAGUCCAAUAUGACGCAGCGUUGGCAAUGUCGGGAAGUAUCCAACUUCGAUUAUUUGAUGUAUUUGAAUACGAUCUCUGGACGAACUUAUAAUGAUAUGAACCAGUAUCCAAUAUUCCCAUGGAUUUUGUCUAACUACACAAGUGAACAGUUGGACCUCAACGAACCGACAAACUAUCGUGACCUAUCGAAGCCAAUUGGUGCUCUGGAUCCGAAACGGAAGGCCUAUUUUGACGAACGGUAUGCGACAUGGGACGAUGACUCCCAGCCGCCGUUUCAUUACGGCACACAUUACAGCACAGCAGCCUUUGUGCUUGGUUAUUUGCUACGUAUCGAACCAUUUACUACUCUGUUCCUCCAUCUUCAAAGCGGAAAGUUUGACCAUCCGGACAGGACAUUCUUUUCUGUUGGUCGGACAUGGGAUAACUGUCGAAGGAAUACUUCGGAUGUCAAAGAACUAAUACCCGAGUUUUUCUACCUGCCUGAAAUGUUCGAAAAUCCGAAUGGUCUGACUCUUGGGACCACGGAGGACGGGGAGGAUAUUGGAGUGGUAACUCUACCACCGUGGGCUUCCACUCCGGAGGAGUUUGUUCGAAUACAUCGGCAGGCGCUGGAAUCAGAAUUGGUAUCUUGUCAGCUACACCACUGGAUUGAUCUCAUAUUUGGCUAUAAACAAAGGGGAGCGGAGGCCGUUGCAGCAACUAAUGUGUUUCACUACCUUACCUAUGAGGGAAGCGUUGAUUGGAGCAAGAUAACUGAUCCGGUCUUGAUCAAGGCGGUAGAAGACCAGAUUCAUGGAUUCGGUCAAACGCCAGCUCAAUUGCUGAGAACACCGCAUCCCCAUCGCAAUUCCGCUCUGCACAUAGAUCCUCUGAUGUUUAGUCAGUUGCGAUCGGACUUCUGCACGGUUUUCAAGUUCUACUCGAAUUCUCCCGUUAUGUUCAUCAGUUGCCACACGGACUUGUCAAGUUUGCCGUUCCCAUCGGUCCUCACAGUAACCGCAAGUCGGACGGCUGUUUUAACUCGGUGGAACAGUGCAUCAGCAGGUAAUUUUGUGUCAAUUACUAAUAUGCUUGACAAAAGAAAUCGUUCAGCUGUAGCAUCCUUUCACUGCCUAACUGGUUGCUCAAGUCGAGACAGGAGAAGUCGAGGUGCAGAGGCCAGGUUCGAACCACCGACCUUCCGGUCAGUAUAUUCGUGUUCGAACCACAGCCAUGUCCUUGUUUUAUCCCAGAAUAGCUUUUCUUACUGUUCCAAGGUGAUGGUUUGGCAACUCAUCGUCUAUCCGUUUUUUUUCAGAUUUGUUUGUUUGUUUGACUCGUGCAAGCUUCCACCACCAUUUUUGACAUUACCCGUUCCGCACCUGUUAUUCGUUCCCCGAUUGGUUUAUAUGGUUCACAAGGCUCUCAACUCAUUUAUUACUCCAGUUUGUCUGAUCACAGUACUUAUUAGAUCCCUCGUGUUAUUCUUUCAUCGUUUCAAUAACUUCACUAUCUCUUGUAUCCACAACCUAGCCCGCGCGCUUCCUAUUCGUCCUUCGAAAUCAUCGUCUUCAUCUGCGGAGACUGAGGUAACGUCAAGUUCCUCUGGGAAAGUCAGUAACGCCGUAGAUGACUCCGAAAAUCGUGCGCCUUCUUCAACCAGUGCAACUGACGAACCAACCAGAAAGUCCUCCCACCGCACUGAGGAGUUAGGAGCAGUCACACAUGGCGGUACACCUUUGGAAACUCAUAUUUCCUACUUAUUGUCAAAUGACUUGCCCUCCUCUCAACACAUUUCACCGCAUGGUCACUGUCUUGGUGAGAAUUUUGAUCUCAAUCUCGAAGUCCAAAACCAGCAGUUUGCGACGAUCCUGGAUAACCGGGUGUUGCUUGUAUGCGGUUACGACGAUUCCUCAUUCCGACUAUACUCUAUGGAAACUGCUCACUUUAUUCAAGCAGUCUACGGCCAUUUUGAUAUCGUCACCUGCAUUUCCCACUCCGAAUGUCAACCCGGUGAUCAUUGCUACCUGGCUACUGGAAGCCGCGAUUGUACCGUAAAACUGUGGAUCUACAACACACGCCGCCUCGCUGUUCUGGGCGACCGAGCUAAUGGCCAUGCAUCAGCUUUGGUUACAAUUAUUGGACAUGAAACGGAAGUAACAUCCGUCAGUGUUUCUGCCGAAUUGGGACUGAUUAUUAGUGGAUCUAAAGCCGGAACUUGCCUCUUGCACACCACCCGAGGUAAAUUGCUUCGUCAGUUGGUGACACUAUCUCCUGUCAACAAUCCACAACCGGACAACUCAGAGAACACUCCUCUUUCCAUCAGUGCCCGUCCUCCGAUUCGUCUUGCAUCCUAUCAUCGUGAGGGCUAUCUGCUGGUCCAAAUUGGCUCCACUACUUUGAAUUUGUACACUCUGAAUGGCAAGCUAAUCAAAUCCAGUGAUCUAAACCAUUUGGCGGCGGUCACAAACUAUGAACUAACUGCUGUUGUGUUCAGUACCUGUGGACGCUAUUUGUUGGUUGCAGGUAGUGACGGGGUCGUUUGGGUACUGCAUAGUCAUAGUUUGGCUCCGAUUCACACAUUUCCCCGUUGCGAUGCUCCGAUCCGGUCCCUCACUGCCGCGAAAGCACAACGAUUCCUGUUGGUUGGUCUCGCAACUGGUUCACUGGUCGUCUUCUACCUGGACUUCAGUCGUUGGCACCAUGAGUUUCAAGAGCGCUACUCCGACUAGUUCCCGACAGUUUUGCCGCCGUGAUAGCUAUGGUAUAUGUCCUCGGCCUACUGAUGAGCAUUUGUUUUGGGUUCCCAUUCCCAAGCAGUGUGGUUACUUUCGUUCAUUUUUGUGAUCAUAUCAACACAUUCCUCUUUUUGACUUAUCGUGUUUUUGUGCACCCACAUUUGUUGUCUCUUUUGUAUCUGCACUUCUUGAGGCUGUCACUCUUCAUCUCGUGAAUACCCGUGAUAUGAGUAAAUCGUUAAUGGACA